AUGGUCGUUAGGUCACUUAAUGUCGAAAAUGAUCCAUUUCGUCCUUGUGAGGACAACGAAGAAGUUCUCGGUCCAGAAGUACCAUACCUCAGUGCAAUUGGAGCACUUAUGUAUCUUACGAAUUGUACGAGACCUAACAUUUCUUUUGCAGUGAACUUGUUGGCAAGAUUUAGUUCAGCUCCUACUAAAAGGCACUGGAAUGGGAUUAAACAUAUUUUUCGAUAUCUUCGAGGCACUGUUGAUUUAGGCUUGUUUUAUCCUAACGAUUCAAAAGAAGGGUUAGUUGGUUAUGCAGAUGCAGGUUAUUUAUCUGAUCCUCAUAAAGCAAAAUCUCAAACUGGAUAUGUAUUUGUGAACGGAGGAACUGCGAUUUCAUGGCGUUCUCAGAAACAAACACUUGUCGCAACAUCCUCAAAUCAUGCUGAAGUCAUUGCACUACAUGAAGCUUCAAGAGAAUGUGUAUGGCUAAGAUCUAUGUCACAACACAUAGUGACUUCUUGUGAGCUAGAGAAAGAUCGAAGUCCAACUCCUAUCCAUGAAGAUAAUGUUGCUUGUGUCUCUCAGAUGAAAGAAGGGUAUAUCAAAAGUGACAGAACAAAACAUAUACCACCAAGAUUCUUUGCAUAUACUCGAGACCUUAUUAAAGACAAUCAGGUCGAGAUGAGAUAUGUCCAAUCCAGUAACAAUUCAGCCGAUCUUUUCACAAAAGCACUACCUACAACAACUUUCAGGAAACAUGUUCAUGACAUUGGCAUGCGUCAUGUACGGAGAAUGUGA